AUGAGUGAAGAAUUGCCAACAUACAUUGAUUUUCAUGGUUUUAAUGAUUUUGCUUACUUCUUUCCUAAGCCUGAAAUCAUAUGGACAAUCGUAGGAACAGUUCUUUUGAUUAUUACAAUUGUUUCAUACAUUCCACAACCAAUAAAGAUUAUGCAGAAGAGAUCCUCAUAUGGAUUAGCUCCAGUAUCUACAUUCUUCUCUACCAUAUGUCUUUGGCUUAUAGUUUUUAACGUCAUUUGCCUUAAAUGGGAAGAUUUCGUUGCUCUCUUUCAUCAUCUCAAUUUCAGAUCAUACGCAAGAUUCCUAACAUUCGCAAACUGCUUUUCCCAGUACUUUUUAAUGUCUCAAGUCCCUUAUUUAAUUAUGCUUUUUUAUGAUACAAAUCUAAGACUUGGUCUCGAUCAAUCAGAUAUUAAAAAAGGUUGGAAACAAUUCAGAUCAGUUUCAAUGAUUGCUGUUCUUACUUAUUCAUCCUGUAUUUUAAUUUGGGGAAUUAUUGGAGUAACUUGUGGCUUUACAUCUCAUGCAAUGGAUUUACUAGGACAUGCAGCUGGAAUUGCCGGAUUUAUUAUUGAAGUUUUGCAAUUUUUGCCACAGAUUUAUAAAACAUUUAAGAUGAGGAGCAGCGGAUCACUUUCUCUUCUCAUGCUCGAAAUACAAGCACCAGUUAACAUUGCUAAUGCCAUGUUUAUGUGCUUCGGAAACCAUGAAAGUUGGACAACUUAUGCAGCUUCACUUGCUGACGGAUUUUGGGAAUUUGUUUUGCUUGCAAUGUGUCUUUACUUUAACAAGCUUCACAAUAUUUCUGAUAAACCGCAGCCAGGACUUACACUUCAGGAAUUGGAGUUGAAGGAUGAUGAAUUGAUCAAAAAGGCAGAAGAAAAGGAUGAAAAUGAAGAUGUUGUUGAUGACCCUAACUCUAAUGCUGAUGAAAACAAAGGAGACGGAAUUACAGAAAAUCUCCUUUAA